AUGCAAGCAACCUCACUUCCGGUUCCUUCUGUUCAAGAGUUAGUGAAGCAAACCAUUACUAAAGUUCCAGAACGAUAUGUUCAUUCAAAUCAAGACCCUAUUGUUCUAUCUAACACAAAUUUUCUACCACAAAUCAUUACGAAUGGAAUUUACCGAAGCAUCGAGCAUCGAGCAAUAGUGAAUUCAAAGAAGGAGAGGAUAUCUAUUGCUACAUUUCAUAGGCUUAAUAUGAGCAGAGUUAUAGGUCCAAUACCAUGCCUUAUUACUCCUGAAAGACCUGCAUUGUUCAAAACAAUUGGUGUGGCUGAUUUCUUUAAUGGAUACCUGUCACGCAAGCUAGAAGGGAAAUCAUAUUUGGAUGCUUUAAGGAUUAAAAAUGAGAUUGGUAAAUAG